AUGUUUCAAAGGAGUGGAGGAAAAAAUGCAAGAGAAAAUAAAGGAAAUACUCUGUACGUAGACAAAGGAACACGACAACAUAUGGCAAAUAGUUUAAUGCACUUAAACUUUCACUAUGUGAUGCUUAUGUUUUAAAACUAAUGUCUGCAGUCCCAUCAUGAAACAAGUGCGUCUGGAGCGGUCUCGUGAGCGCGCACGCUCGUCAGUCCAUGUGUGCAACCAGGAGAUGCACAACACCAGCAAUAAAUCCGCCCCCUUCUUAGCGUUGUUGCUCCAAUGGGCGUUGACAGUGUGCGACACAGCGGUCCGCAUAUAUGCAUGGAGGUCAUGUCAGUGGAGUUUUUGCAUGAACAGAAAGCAUAUCAGACGAGCAAUCUCUAGAAAUAAAAUCAGCGUAGAGUGCGUGUUGAGCUAGUGUUAGUAAACAAAGAAGCAUAACACACGUAGGAGCUAGGUCGAGAUAUAUUAAUACUGACAGGUGUACAACGGUUUAGAGCGUUGUAUUUUAAUAAUAUUUAACCGUUCCUCAGCUAGGUGACGCCGGAGAGAGGUGAUGGACUUCGUCGCAGGAUGCAUCGGAGGUGCUGCAGGAGUCUUAGUUGGUCACCCAUUUGACACAGUUAAGGUCAGACUACAGGUACAGAAUAUCGAUAAACCUCUGUACCGCGGGACCUUCCACUGUUUCCAGUCGAUUAUACGUCAAGAGUCGGUUUUUGGUUUAUAUAAAGGCAUUGGUUCUCCCAUGAUGGGCCUUACUUUCAUCAAUGCUAUAGUGUUUGGUGUUCAGGGAAACACCAUGCGUCUGCUGGGGCAUGACACUCCCAUGAAUCAGUUCUUUGCCGGUGCUGCAGCAGGUGCAAUUCAGUGUGUCAUCUGCUGCCCAAUGGAACUGGCCAAAACCCGCAUGCAAAUGCAGGGUACGGGAGAAAAGAAAUCUUCAAGGAAAUUAUACAAGAACUCCCUGGACUGCUUGGCUCGCAUUUACAAGAGGGAGGGUGUGUGGGGUGUAAACAGAGGCAUGGUGACUACACUGAUCCGUGAAACACCUGGUUUUGGAGUCUACUUCCUCUCCUACGACGUGCUGACGCGCAGCCUCGGCUGUGAGCCCAACGAUCGCUACAUGAUCCCCAAACUGCUGUUCGCCGGCGGCAUGGCUGGCAUUGCCUCCUGGCUCUCUACCUACCCUGUAGAUGUGAUUAAGUCACGGCUUCAGGCCGAUGGAGUGGGUGGAGUCAACCAGUACAGCAGCAUUGCUGACUGUGUGCGGCAGAGUGUGAGGAAAGAAGGCUACAUGGUGUUCACGCGCGGCCUCACCUCGACACUGCUGCGAGCCUUUCCUGUGAACGCGGCUACCUUUGCCACUGUUACGCUUGUGCUUAUGUACUAUCGGGGUGAACAAGGAGGAGCGCAGGACUGUGAGCAAGCACAACCAGCAAAGCCUUCUCACGCCUCACAGAUACAACCACAAGCCUAAACCUUCAGCAUGUGACAGAACAUAUAUCACACACUCAGCCUGGGCACUUUAGUAAAGCACAAAAAGAAACAACGUCAGAACUGCAUGGAGGUCUGACUCUGGUUAGAGCACUCAUUCCCUCUUCAGAGGAAACUUGUUUUGACAUCCAUGUCACUUUAACUUCAUUUGCGAACUAAGUAUGUAACCACAACGAAGCAGUAUCCAACGAUGUGAGCAUUAAUUUAGCUAACAUCUUGUUACUGAGCUGAGGUAUUAACCUGUUUGUUUUUAAAUAUAAUGGAUUAACUGCCUUAUACUGACUGCACCUCUAGAGAAGUUGGUGCUCUUCAAAAAAUAUAAAGACUAAAUUUGAUAGAAAUAUAUUUUAACAACAGACUUCUCCUUGUCAGGACGACAUUUUCAACAGUGGCCAAAUGGACCGCAGUCAGGCGAGUCAUAAUUGGUAGUGUGUCUUCAUAAAGACACAAAGGUAUUCUAACCCCUAAAAUUUUGCCUCAGGCAGCACCAAUUUUAAAUAGUGACCCUUUUGGGAUGGUUCAGCUGCAAAGUCAUGCACAUUCAGCAGCUGUUUCUGCCUAAGGCUAAGACAUGUCUUCCUUAAUGUAGACAGGCUGAAAGAUGAAGACUGGCUGAAAGUUUUCCUAUUGUCUGCCCCAAUCACAUAGAAUGCAUAUUUAUUGCAUUGUUGGAGAAUAAUAACCUCUAUGAAGAAUGGGGUUUGCAAUAUAUUUUCUUUUUUAUACAUGGAAGCUAAAGCACUUGGUUGAUCCUGAAAUCUAUCCUAUGCAGAACCAUGCAAGCACGAUGGUUAUAGCAGCAUGUAAUACGGUACAGAGAUAACCUGCUUUCAUACCAAAUAAAAUGACCAUGUUGCAGCUAUAAGCCGACUUCACUGUUGUGUUCAUACAGUCCAUACAGUAUGGUAAUGGAUGAUGGUGGACAGGGAUCAGUGGAUGGUUGUCUGUCUUCUCCUUUUCUGUAUGUGUAGUUUUACUGUUGUAACUAUACUGCUGUAUUUAUUAAAUAUUCCAGAAGUCAGAAAAUGGCUGCAUUCUGUACUGUACUUAUCCAACUGUUUUGGUGUGUUUUCUUUCCAUAUCUUUUUUCUAUCUUAUUUGUUACUAUAUAGAGGUGAUGAUUAUUUCCUGCAUAAAAAGUCCAAAUAGCUCUAAAUAUCAGCAAUUGUUUUUAUAACACUCAUUGUUACGUACUUAAAAGCUGUUAAAAAAGUAAGAACAUUUCUAAUAUAUGAGACAAAAAUGUUUAAAUAUUAGCAUGUGUCCAUGGAACCUAAAUUAUUUUUCCAUAAAUGUGAGAGAGAAAUGUUUAGUUUUUGCACCAAUAUUUAUUAUACUGUAUUUAACCAUAUUGAUUGGGGCCUUUGAGAAGACAUGUAUUUAUUUUUUAACUUAAUGUAAUGGCGAAAAAAGAAAUAUGAAAUAAAGGGAAUGAUCUAUUUUUCUUCACGUCCAUAAUCACGAGGUUCCGACCCUAACCCUAGAGUGGUUUGCAGAGUCAAAAAUGAAGUAUGUUGUUAUGCCUGUUUUCUGUUCUGAAGGGAGCAGAGUGCAGUGUUGACACUGGAACAGUAAAACAGACAGAGGAAGGAACGUUUUGUAGGUGUGGGUUACAGCCACUGUUACGGUGCUUUUGUUUAGUUAAACUGGAAUGUGGCCUGGACAGGAAUUUACUAACGUUUCGCAAUAUGUACAGGACGUAACUGCACUGUAACUCUGUAUGAAUCUAUUGAUGCUGACAUGUUGACAUGAUGUAGUAAAUAUACAGUAUAUACUUGAUAAUGCUUCUCAGUCGAAUGCAGUGUGGGUUUGAGCUACACAGAAAACAGAACUGAUAAACAACCAUAUUUUUGUAACUACACUGCGUAGCCUGUGUGACUUGCUUUGUCAUUGAAGAUCUCUGUAAAUGAGUCAAUUAAAUGGUUCUGCAGUAGACUGUGUCUUUCUCCUAUAACCUGUGUCGUUAAGACCAAGUCAUGACAAAAUUUACAAUCUACUGAGACCAAAGUCCAAGAUACUCAGGAUCCAAACUGAGUAAAGGCAACAUUGUUUCCCUGUGGAGGUUAUUCAUAGUUUGUCUGUUAAAUUAUUCACACACUAAAGCAGGGAUCUCAAACUACCUGGCUGGAGGUCACUUCUUAAAAUCACAUUUUGCUCUUGAGGUGCUUUGCUUAAUUUGGUCAUUUGAAUAUGAGUUUGAGAGCCCUGCACUUCACUGUGGAAACUAAGAGCAGCUGAAUGCUUAAUGAGUGACAUUUAAUAAUUCUGAGUUCAAAUUUGUUCAUUUCAACCUUCUGGCCUCCUUCUUGUAGCACUAACGUGUUAAAAAUUAUUGUUUUAUGAUAAUGACUUCAUGAUUCAUGCACACCAAAGUUUUGUGAUGGGAAAUGUUUAAAAUAAUUCAAAAAUAAAAGCCCUUGGGAACAUA